UUCAACCGAAAAACGUUAGUCAUACGGCGUGGAUCCUACAAGAUCCCCAUAGCAGAAAAACACAGUCAAUUGCACGGGAAAAUUGGCCUAUCGUUAAUUUCGGGAGUGCCCCAAAAAUAUAUCCGGUACGAUUUGCGUGGUUUUCCAGAAGCCAAUCGUGCGUUGUUGUGUUCGCCUGUAAAACUGUCGCCUGAAUUGUGUGGUUGUUUCCGGGGAACCAAAAGAUGUCUGGCACGAUGCGCAUGCGUACGCCCAGUCCCAAGACGGUCACGUUCGACCCAUCACCACCCACAUCUUUCACCAAAAACUAUCGGUUCGAGAGAAAAAUGCAUUUUAGAGAUUUAAAGGAAUGGGAGCAAUACUUGAAAUGUCAUACUUUUUGUUUUAAAAAAAUAUUUUUAAUUUUGCAGGGUACUUUUGGUAAAAGUUCUGAAACUCGUAGUCCUGGUUAUGGUCAACCGACUCAACCAAGUAGCGGGUAUGGAACUGCUGAAAGAAGACCUUUUAAUAACAACCUAUCCGAACUGGAUACACUCCUUCAAGAUCUCAGUAACUCGCCGGAGUUGCACCAGAAUAGAUACGCCAACGUAGGCAUAGAAAAUGGUGCUAACGGAAGUUAUAAUGGGACUUAUAGCGGAUCAGGAGGACGAAGUCCAGCGAAUUAUUCUUCGAGACCUUCGAGUGCCCAAAACACAUUGGGUCGACCACCUGUUGAUAGUUUACUCGAUCAGUUAAACGCCGGAGAAGUAAUCUACACUGGCCCGAAAAAAGUAACAAUAACAGUAAAAGAAACGAAAACCGAAACGGGAUUUCCAGGUGAGACCGAAUUAAUAUCGAGGGACGUAACCAGAGUACACACUUCUUCGGCAACUAGAGAAUUGGACGACCUAAUGGCCUCACUAUCCGACUUCAAGGUAAGUUUUUUAGGCCCAGACUUUAACGCGGUACUAAAUCGCCUUUAAAUAUUUACUUAAGAACACUUAACCGCGGCAUUUAUUUUGGCACAUCUUGCCAAACAUGCGAUCGGAAUCUCGCAUCCAAAAAGUCAGUUCGAUUGACUCAUUUCUUUGAAAUUCGAUCUAUUCUUUAUAGUGUACUUCUAAAUAACAAAUGAUUUAUGAUAAUAUUGUUUAUGGCUUUUAGAAAUUUGUUAAUGUUAAAAUUUUCUUCUUAUUGACGCACGAAAAACGGAUAGUAUUAAAUUUUUGUGUACGAAUAGCAAU